AUGAGUGGAUGGCUUCGAAAUCUUCAAGGACAAAUCACCGAUUUAGCCAACGAAGUGCUCAAUGAAGCUUCGGAAGUUAUAAAUGAAGCAAGGGAAGAAGUUUCAGAUCCAGAUACAGAGCUUCAGGUCGCCAAGAAAAACUGCGCAGAAGCGGAGAAAAAGUUGGCAAUUGAAAAUGCAAAAGUGAAAUCUCUGGAAGAUGAGAAUAAAACUCUGCAACAACAAUUAUAUGAUGCCCACGUCGAAAUUGAUGCGGUUAGCGCAAAAUUCACAAAUAUGGUCAAACAACGAGACGAUGAAAUCAAAAAGCUGAAAGUUCAAAUUGAGCAGAUAAAUGAUUCUGGAUGGAAUCAGGGCGGAGAUGAGGCUACUUCACAGGUUAUCGAAGAUCUUAAAAAGGAAUUGGCUCAUUGGAAGAGUUUAGUUGAAGAAGCGCACAAGGAAAACUACGUCCCACAAUCUCAAGUAGAACGGCAGAUCGAAGAAUUGUGCGCGAAAAAGGAGCAUGAGGUUCAAUGUCUUGUUGAAGCUCACAAUGAAGCAUUAACGGAGCUGAGAGAGAUGUAUGAGGAGAAGCUUCAAGCUCUUCAGCUUUGUAAUGCUUCUUCGUCAACGUCGAACGCCGAUACCCUUGACGCUGUGAUGUUGGAGAAGGAUGAGUUCACAAGGAGCAAGGCGAGCACGAAUGGAAGCGAGAAUGGAGAACGGCCAGUUGUCGUCGAUCUUGGUGCACAUGACGAGCUUGCUGACGAACGAGUGAAGCAGAUUGAAGCGGAGCUUGACCGGAUGAGAGAAGAGCGCGAGCAGCUGAUCGCUGAACGCGAUGAAGUUCUAGAAAGCUUGAAACUCCAAAACGCUGAACUUGCCAAUGCUUAUAAUGAUCUGAACACCGAAUUUGAGACGUAUAAGAAGGAGAAUGCGACGGUUCAGACUAGGAACGAGGAUUUGAAUAGUAGAAUCGAUAGUCUUAAAGCGAGUUUAAUUGAAUACGAGGAGAGAUAUGAGAUGUGCAAACGAGAAAAUAUGGAGACUGUUGCGCAAUUGGCGAAACUGUCCGAGGAUUUCGAUCGUCUUCGAAACGGCAUCGCAUCGGUUAGUCAACGACGCGAAAAUUGCGACCAUAUGGUUAAUGAAGAGAUUGAAAAGCUUCGCGAAGCUUUAAAUGAGUCGAGAGCCGAGCGUGAACGCCUUCGCGAAGAUGUGCACCGGUUCCAGGAAGCCGUUGAAGAUAUCAACAGCGAGCUGGAGAAGCUUCGCGAUAGCAAUCAUCGUCUUCUUGCCGAGAAUCAGGCUCUUACAGCGAAUUUGGCCAACUAUGACGUCACGAUGCGCGAUAUCAUUUCAGCCAGUGAGAAGGAUAUUGUCGAUUUCAAAGAGCAAUUUAAGAAUAUUAGAGAGACUCAUUCGACCGAGCGUGAAGCGGUGCUCGGCGAAAAUUCGGCGUUAAGAAGUGAAGUUGAAAGUUUGAGGAAACAAAAUGAAUAUCUUCAUGAAGAGUCGAAGCUUCUUCGCGAAGUCAAUGAAAAGCUGAAGGCGAAGAGUGGAAAUGAUGAUACGAGAGCGGAAUUGCUGGAAACUAAAAUCAACCUUUUGGAGCAAAUGAGGACCGAGUUGUCCGAGGAAAACGAGAAUUUGAAGCGCGAUGUGCAGUCUGCGAAGCAUGAAACUGCUGAGAAGCAGACGGAAUUGGAGACGGUUCGGAAAGAGCUCACUGAUGCUCAGACGGAUCCCGAUUUAAUCGAGAAAAUGAAUAAGUUGAAUCUGGCUCUUGACGAGAAUCCAGCGAUUGAUCAUGACGGUUUGGUUGCGAAGCUGAAGAGCAUGAUUGCGAAUCAGCAGGCGCAAAUCACCGAACUACUCGAGGCGAACACGGAGAAGUCGGAAGAGUGCGAAGAAGUUCGAAACGAGGUUCGAAAUCUCGAGAAGGAGGUCGAGAUUCGUCAGACUUGCGUUGAUGAGAUGAUCUCGCAGACGAAUACGCUUCAGUAUCAGCAGCAGACGAUGACGACGGAGAUCAGCGAGCUGACGGCGAAACUUGUCGCCAAAGAACAGGAGUUGUUGAAAAUGCAGCAGGAUUUGGCGCAUGAGAGGGAUAAGAUGGAGGAGAUUGCCGAAAUGGACGUUAUUUUAGAUUCAAUUAUUAAAGAAGCUGGUGAUGAUGUUCUUCCAUAUUCAACGACAAACCUGCCGUCGAUUAGUUCUCAACAGAAUAACCCUAUUCUCCUCUUGAAAUCGCGAGUGGAAAUUGCUAGAGACAUUAUGGCGUCGCAACUUCGGGAAUUAGAAGCGUUGAAAAAAAAUGAAAAGGAAGAAGCUCACAUUUUUCAACCUCAACAAAGCGAGGAUGUCGUUUCGUGGCGGGAAUUUGAAGAAUUGGCGGCGAAAAAGGAAGCUGCUGAUAGCGAAUUGCAAAGGGCAAUCGAAGAAGCGAGCGCGAAUAUUGAGAAUUUGAAAAAGGCUUCAUCAUCGCAGGAAGAUGCUCAAGCGCGUCAGCAACUCAGUUUGGAAAAUGAAGAGCUGAAGAAGGCGCUCGUCGCUAAACAUGAGGAGAGUGUCGAGUAUUACAAUCAGCUACAAGCUUGUGUCACCCGAAAUCAGCAGAUUGAAGCGCAAUUUUUGGAAUUGAGCAAGAAAUGCGACGAAUUGAAUGCACAAUUGCACGCAAGUGUCGAGAUAUCGGAGAAGCGAGCCAAAGAGUUGGAGCGGCUCAAAGAGCAUCUGAUGCUUGUCGAGGAGACGUCGACGAGAGAAGCGGUGGAAGCCGAACAGAGGGAGACAGAAUUGAGGGCGAGAAUAAAGGCGCUCGAAGCUCGCGGACAUGCUGCCGAAACCGGCGCUUCGGAAUCCACCCAACAAUAUCAGAUUCAAAUCGCCGCGUUGACGUCGAAACUUGAAGCGGUUGAGAGGACGUCGUCGGAAUGGCAGACGAAGUAUGAUAGCGAGAUGAAGGCGAGAGAGCAAACGCAGGAGGCGUUGACCAGUCUACAGAAUGUUGUUCGUGAGUUGUCGAUUGAUCAUGAGCGCGAUUCGGCAGCGGCGAGCCAUCGCAAUUUGGAGCUUCAAUCGGUUAUCAAUGGUCUCAAUAAUGAGCUCGGCGAGCUGCGAGAACAAUUCGAGCGGCAACAAAUUGGCCGGCAGAGCGCCGAAGAAUAUGGCGAGCGGCUGAAAUUGCAGCUGGAAUCGAAGCAGAAAAUAAUUGAAGACCUUGAAAUUCAAAUCGAGGAGCUUCGCGCGCCGACGUCGUCAAAAUCGCAACAGCAGCAAGAUUCGUAUCGAAUCGACGACGCCACACUCCGACAGCUUUUUCUCAAUUAUUUCAUGGCCGAACCGUCGAAACGCGCCGACAUUGCGAUGUUGUUGGCGAGCAUUUUGGAAUAUCCGCCGGCGGAUAUGGAAAAGGUUCGAAACGCUGUCAGACAAUCGUUCGGCCAGGCUUCAUCAUUCUUCGGUGCUCGUUCGAGCCCUCAACCGGCUUCCUCGUCGCUCACUGAGCAAUUCAUCAGAUUCCUUGAAGCCGAAUCGGAAUCAUCGAAAACCGCGCCCAAUUUGCCGACACGAUCUUCUGUCGAGCCUCCACAAAUCUCGCUCAGGGCUUCUCUGUCGCCGACCCCUUCUUCAAAUCAACCAGCUUCAUCAUCGUCGUCGGCCGCCGCCCUCGACUCGCUUCUUCGAUGA